AUUACCGAGCAAGAUACCUGAGAUCGUAUAUUGCAUACAAAAGAACACUAUGGAGCAGCAGAAAACUCUAACUGCUGGUUCACAGCGCAGGACUUUUCCGCACAAUAUGUAUCAGCGAACAUAUCGUCUUGAAGUCAACAAUGUUUUGAGUAUUGUUUAUGUUGUCGGUACGGAAGUGAAAAUUAACCUGAACAGAUGUGCCCCUUCACAGUGCAAGUUCUUCUCUAUAAAAUGCAACCCCACUGUGCAGUUUCGGGUGGAAGCAGGUGCCUCGGCUGCCUCGGUCGCCAUGGCCACCCCGGCCGGAGGUUCCUUUCUCUCCCCGCAGCUUCUCACUAAAAACACCGUAGUGUUCAUCUCCAUGAAACUUGCAAGUGAGCUGGUGAAUGACAGCAAGUUAUCUGUGAGGUUCUAUGGGAACAAGUCAGAACUCCUUGGGAAUGCAGUAUUGCAUCUUACAGCUGUUGAAAUCUCUCUGGACAUUGAUGCAGAUCGAGAUGGCAUUGUUGAGAGGAACAACCCAAACAAGGCUUCUUGGAAGUGGGGUCCAAAUGGCCAUGGUGCCAUUCUGCUGGUCAACUGUGAUUGUGAGUCCACUUUCAGAAAAGAAUUGGACAGUGAGGAUGAGGAAAUCACGAGAGUCUCAGAUUUAAAGGACAUGUCCAAGAUGAUUUUGCGCACCAGAGGUCCAGCUGUGCUCCCAGAGGGCUAUAAACUAAGCCUCCACAUUUCUCGGAGCCACGCUGAGAGUGUGAGGGUCUUCAGGACCAGUGGAAAACCACAGGGCUCUACUCUGAAAUAUCUGCUCUUCAAGCUAUUCCAGAUGGACUAUCCUCUAGUGCUGAAUAAGGAGCAGCUGGCCGGAGAAGUUCCCUAUGUGGGUGGGGACUCCCAGCAGGAGCUCUUCGUGGAGGGCAUUCGCUUCCCCGAUAAGGACUUUGAUGGUCUCAUCACCAUAAACCUCAGCCUUUUAGAGCCUAGUGGCCAGGGUUUCCCAGAGACACCUAUUUACACCGACAAGGUCAUGUUCCGUGUUGCCCCUUGGAUUAUGACUCCGAACACCCUCAAACCUGUGGAAGUCUUUGUGUGCAGCACAUCAGACAAUUAUGACUUUUUGAAGGCCAUAAAAAGUCUGGUGCAGAGCAGUGGGUACAAGCUGAAGAUAUGCCACGAGUACAUGAACCGAGGAGACCGCUGGAUGCAGGAUGAGAUUGAGUUUGGCUACAUCGACUCGCCACACCAGAGAAUCCCUGUCGUGUUGGACUCUCCACGAGAUAGAGAGCUUGAAGAUUUCCCCUAUGAUGUCUUGCUGGGUCCAGACUUUGGCUAUGUGACCCGUUACCCGGUGAAUGAGCGGGUGAGCAGCCUGGACUCUUUUGGUAAUCUGGAGGUCAGUCCACCUGUCACUGUGAAUGGGAAGAAGUACCCACUGGGCCGCAUCAUCAUUGGUGUGGCCUUCCCUACUACAGCACAUGGCCGAAACAUGACUAAAGUGAUCCAGGACUUCCUGUGGGCUCAGAAGGUUCAGGAGCCCAUUGCCCUUUACUCUGAUUGGCUUGUUGUGGGUCAUGUGGAUGAGUUCAUGACCUUUGUCCCAGCUCCUGAUAGGAAGGGAUUCAGAUUAUUGCUGGCCAGUCCAGAUGCAGGAUAUAAAUUAUUCAGAAGCUUGCAGGUAAAAGGACAUGGGAGUGCCAAACUUUUUCAAGGUAAAGAGGAAGAGAUCAGUGUUGAUGAACUCAUGAGCAACGAGGAGUUUCGAGCAGAAAACAUCUAUGUGCAGAACUGCAUUGACUGGAACAGGGACGUACUGAAGAAAGAACUUGGCCUGGAUGAUGAAGACAUCAUUGACCUUCCAAUCCUGUUUAAAGUGUUUCCUAAAAAAAACAAGAGAGCUGCAGCCUAUUACCCUGACAUGGUCAACAUGCUUGUGCUGGGUAAGAACCUGGGCAUUCCCAAACCAUUUGGGCCACAGGUGCAAGGCACCUGUGUGCUGGAGGCAGAGAUGCGCUCAUUGCUGGAACCACUGGGGCUUAACUGCACUUUCAUCGAUGACUUUGCCUCCUAUCACAAACUCCAGGGUGAAGUGCACUGCGGAUCCAAUGUGCAUCGAGAACCUUUUGAGUUCCGGUGGUGGAAUCUGGAGCAGUGAGGUCAUAGCGGCCUGGACAUCUCCUGCCCCACUGAUCUCCAAUGUACUGAUAAAAAAACUACGCAGCAAACAUUUAGCCUUUAUGUAUAACAGUAAAGUACUGAAAUGCUUAAUGCUUUUAGGUGUUAGCUAUAAACUUUAUGUAUUGCGCUAAGGGCCACCAAAGUUCAGAGUAGUUAAAUAAGAGGUGCCAUCACUAAAGCACUGAGAUCUUAGCAUCAGAUUAUCAUUGAGAUAUUUUACAUAUCUUUUUCAUUUCGACAAUAAAACAUGGUCAGAUUUUAAUUUUUUUUUACAUCUUUGUUCUUAUAAAAAAUUCUGUAUUUCUUUAUAGCUACAACAGGGCCUUAUUGCUAAAUAAUCAAGAAUCAGGAACAUGUUUGUUGUUAUUGUAAUCAAUUGAUACAACAUACAGAACCUUCUGUUUACACUGAAGAAUUCAAUCAAUCAAAAAGAACGUUCCACAAAUUCUUUCCUCUUUAUCAUGCAUGACUUGUCUCAUUUUCCUUACAAAAGGGAAAAUUCCUUAUAUACAGUUACCACAAUAAACAUUUUGGUACUGUCAUGGCAUGUACUGUCAAAUUAAGUAAUAAUUCUCUGCUUGGAAUGAAUUUGUUCUCAAAUGUUAUUUGUUGCAUGUUCUACCAUAAACAAUAAUUUAACACAGGAUGAAGAUAAUGUGUACUAACAAGCCCCUAGCACUGGAGGGCACACCUUUCUCUUAGUUUCCCACUUCAAAACCAUUUGCAAUACAGCAAAAUAUGUCUUGUAAUAUAUAAAAUCCUAUGAUUCUCAUUCAUUUUCUCUCAAAAUCCACCCACGAUUGAAAUGCAAAUAACCAAGCACUUUCUGUAAAAAAAAAGCUUCGGUUACCAAUGAUCCACUAGGCCUUAGUAAUAAAAAGGGGCAUUUAUGUAUCAUUUCUUAGUUUAUAAAUUAUAAUAUGAAGCAGAGAAAUAUUAUUGAAGAUAAAUGCGAUUGCUCGAUUGUCUAAAUACUCAUGGAAAAAAUGCAAAAAAAAGUCAGUUAGGCAAAUAAAAGUGAAAUCAAAAGAGCAGUUUAGAUUAAAUUGUUUCAUACAAAUAACUGUUUUAAGUCUAUUUGUCUUUUUAUGUCUGUUUUCUGUUUCUAUUAUCAGAUAUUAGACAGGUAACCAAACUCCUCCAGGAUUUACAUUCAAACAGCUUUCUGUUCCCUCUGGCAGGAGGCAGUUUUCAAACAUUUUGCAGGUAAAGCUGUAGAAGGAAACUUCAGCACUCAGAGGAGACAGCACAGUGAACAAAUCCAACCUUGAGUGGGAUGCAAAAAUGCCAACAGACAAAAUGCAGCAUAAUUUGCUCCUUGAUGUGUUCACUCAAACCAUAAAAAUCUUAAAGUCUGAACUUUACAAAAGCAAAAAUGCCAUAAAGUUAAUGA